AAGCUUCCUCCAUUCGUCUAUAAAUAGCCUCCCUGUUGUCCCUGAUCUCAACACUUGACUCUCUAACUCUGUAGGCAUUCAUCGUUGCAUGGUUUACUCGAACCACAAAACAAUCCAUUUACAUUUCCACUUGAGAACACACACCCAUACCUGGCCAGAAAAUAAAACAUGAUCCAUCCAUCUUCUUCAAACCCAACCCCUCAGGUGGAAGAUGAGAAGACGGUUUAUCUACCUGUUUUCGAAGUGGGGAACUAUGAAGCAUGGAGCAAGAAGAUGGUAGAUGUAUUAACUUCACAGCAAUUGUGGGAUAUAGUGCUAUCGGGGUAUGAGCGACCUAAAGAUAACUGUGAACUCGCAAAAUGGAAAAAUAGUGAGAAAGAUGAAUAUCGUGAAGCUCAGAACAAGAACGCAAAAGCCUGGAUGUUAAUUCAUCAAGCAGUUGGCGUGGAGAUAAUGGCCAAAGUGUUUGCUUCUGACGACUCCACUGAGAAAAUUACUCGCAUAUCAAAAAAAUUCGAUAAGAAGCGUUACGCGGACAAGCCGAACAUGGAACUGAUUGGAGAACUGAUUGGAGAAGUACUCAGAGAGCCACAUAUGGUGGAAGUAGAAGCAACGGCACACGAUUUUUGGGAGAUGUUGAAGACUUACUCAGACAAGCACAAGGAAAAUCAGAAGACAACGCCUGAAGAAUCUAAAACCGUAGAGGUAAAGACGAGCCUCAUGGAUCUUUAUCUAGAGGAGACCACCAGAUCGAGCUUGUUUGUAUAUGCCAUGAGCGAUGGCUGGGACGAAGUGACUGAGAUCUAUACAAGAAAAUCAGUAGCUCACUGUGCAAAAAUCACCAAUUCAGGCGACACGGCGUUACACAUAGCAGUUAUUGGUGGCAAAGAAACAACAGUGGAGCAACUAGUAAGCCUAAUGUCCUUGAAAGAAGCCGCUAAGGCUCUACGAGUAAAAAAUGAACGGGGAUAUACACCUCUCCAUCUGGCUGCUUUUGUGGGGAACGCCUCGUUGUGUGAUUGCCUUGCUCGUAAAAUUUAUUCGGACGAGGAUUUUCGGAAUUCAUCAGGAAACGAGUCAUCAGAGAAGAUAGAAGCCGGGUAUGACAUAUUAAGCGAACGUAACAAGGAAAAUGAGACCCCAUUGUUCUUGGCUGCUGUCAUGGGUAAAACAGAUGCCUUUCUAUGUUUACACGGUUAUGUUCUUCCCAGAUACCGCAAAUCAUAUUACAGAGGGAAUAAGGGCGAUACCAUUCUCCACGUCGCCAUCUCUGGAGAAUAUUUCGAUCUAGCAUUCCAAAUAAUUCAUUUGGAUUCAGAACUUGUUAACUUGGUAAAUGAAAGAGGAAUAUCUCCACUCCAUUGUUUAGCAAGUAGACAUAUGGCCUUCAAAAGUGGCUUCCACCUUUAUCCUUACUACAACAUCAUAUACUACUGUACAAUUGUUGAUCAACUAAAGAAGAAAAAAGAUAAGGACAAAGGAUAUAGAGAGCAAUCUAGCUCUACAGAUCAGCCAUCCCACAACAGGAACAAUAAUCAUUGUCCAGACAACUAUGAGACAUGUUUUCACUUCUUUACAUCAAUGUACAGGGCUUUUAUUUGCACAACAGGUAUACAACAAGUGAAUCAAGGAGAACUCCUGCCAACUACAUCUCAGGCAUCCCAUGAUACUAACAAUUCCCUGUCUCCAAUCAAGAAUUUAAGUUCGUGGCUGAAGAAAGUUUUGGGAGCAGAUCAAUCAUCUAGAGAAGGCAGAUUAGUUCCUCCAAAUUAUGAUACUAUCGUUGAAUUAUUGAAGCUUGGAUCGAAAGCAAUGUUGGUCAUUCUUGGAUUAGGAUCAAUGGAGAUGAGAAAGUUACAACUGAAGAAAAAGAAGCACACAUGGUCUGUUCAGGUACUGAACGAGCUUCUUCGAGAGGAUAAGUUGUACAAGUACGAGAGCAGUGAGAUAAGUGGAGGGAGCCGCCCCAAGCUACGGUCUGCGUUUUCCGACUCCGAUGCAAUUAAUCAGCUUGGAGGCAGUGGGAAAGGGGAGCCCGCAUUUACUUCUAAACUGGAAAAGCCAGAGACACCCCUAUUAAUGGCGGCAAGGAAUGGCAUCACUGAAAUCAUGGAGAAAAUCUUACAUGAUUUUCCUCACGCGAUUCACGACAUAGACACGCAUAAGAAGAAUGUGGUGCUGUUGGCAGUGCAAUAUAGGCAACCGCAUGUUUAUCAGUUUUUGCUAAAGAAAAGGAAGAAAAACGAGGAACUAGACAGGAUCUUUCUCCAGGUUGAUGACCAUGGAAAUAGCGCAAGGCAUCUUGCAGCUGCCACGAUUGGAGAUUAUAAGCCUUGGCGCAUUCCAGGAGCUGCUUUACAAUUGCAAUGGGAAAUCAAAUGGUAUAAGUAUGUUAAGAAUUCCAUGCCACAAAACUUUUUUCGUCGCCUUAACGAUAGAAGCGAGACCCCGAAGGAAAUAUUCAACAAGUCACACCAAGAACUUGUUAGAAGUGGAGGCGCGUGGCUAACCAACACAUCCCAAUCCUGCUCAGUGGUGGCAGCCCUCAUUGCCACUGUCGCCUUCGCAACAUCAGCCAACGUCCCUGGCGGAAACGCGGAAAAAACUGGCACUCCAGUCUUCGAAAACCAGAUUGCAUUCAAAGUAUUUGCUAUCUCAUCUCUCGUGGCUCUCUGCUUCUCAAUCACUUCCGUGAUCAUGUUUCUUGCAAUACUAACUUCAAGGUACGAAGCCAAGGAUUUUCGCGAAGAUUUGCCAACAAAAGUUUUGCUUGGCUUAACAUCGUUGUUUGUGUCCAUAGCUGCCAUACUGGUAUGUUUUUGUGCGGGGCAUUUCUUCGUGCUUAGUGAUGAACUGAAGUUCGCAGCUUUUCCGCUGUAUGGAGUGACUUGCCUGCCGGUGACCUUUUUUGCUAUAGCACAGUUUCCAUUGUACAUUGAUCUCAUAAAGGCUACAUUGGCAACGGUGCCACAACGUAGGUACGCGGUGGUUACUGCUGAAAGGGACACUAAUUCCUCUCCCAAAAGUGACGACUUAAAUCAACCUUCAAGUCGCAAAUGUCUACAGGAUCAAGGAAAUGGAGGCCAACCUUCAACAAAGCAAUCAACUGGAGACAAAACUACUCCGAAUCAAGAAACGAAUCAAGGCACUCAAAGCAUUACCUGAUCCUCUAUAUAUAUUCACUUACCAAACCUUUAUUGUUUGAUUUAUGGGUGCACAUUGCUUGUUAUUUCGGCCCUUUAUUUUCUUUCAGGUUUGCAUUUUACCUUUCUUGA